AAAAUAUUCUUUCCUUCCAGGCAUGCAUUGAGGAACAGGAUGAAGACAGGUGGACUGUGCUCCCCUUCUAAUGGGAGCAACUAUCCUCUUGGAGAUGCUGUCAAUGUUGUUCCUACCCAAAAGCCACCUAAUAGCUGUGGCCAGUUCUCGAAGACCUCUCCUACUUCCAGAGAGAGCCAUGCCCAACUUGAUCCAGAUGUGUACAAAGAACAUACCCAGGCUCACUCUCCAACCACCAGCCAUGUCAAUGGAUUCUUCCCACAUCCAGGAUUAUCCAAUGGGGUGUAUGGAGCUACCUACAUCCCAAAGAAGGGGCUCCAUUUGCCAUGCCACUUACUGUCCCUUCCACAGGAUGAGGAUGGUGAGGGCAGAGGAUCAGCAUCAUGUACAUCUCUUAGCACAUUUACAAGAGAUUCUUGUAAUGCUGCAGCAAGCACUGUUGCUUCUACCACCUCUUCUCAAACUAUCAACCCUAACUGUUCACUGCCAAAUGUCUCUGGUAAAUGUUUUAAACAGUUGACCCUCUUUACAUCUGCACAUGAAGAAACCUCUACUGUGUCAGUAUGUUGCCAGACAUCUGAUAACUUAACAAGCUUUUGUUCUUUGGGGAACUCUGUGGUUGAUCCUAUGGCAGUUCUUGGUGGAUUUGGUUUAUCAUCAGUGUCCAAACAGGGUGUAACACUAACUUCACCUACAAGUUCUAAAAGUCCAAAGGGAAGGAGGAGAAUUUCCCUUGAAGAAAUGGUAACAAAAUUGCACAACCGCUCCAAGGCUAAUCGAAGAGGCCCCAAUGUACUGCAAGACUUCCCGUCACACAGUAUUGUUAACUUUGGAGAAAUACAGGAGAAAUCCAUGGACUACUUGCAUAAAGAUGCAUCUUUAUUGUCAAAAAGUGACUCUGGAAUAAAAUCUUCAUACCAGAAUGAACAAAGUAGUCCUAAAAUAUGUGAUAACAACAACACUGCCAUAAUUGUUAAUGCUCACCUGAGUAAGGAUUUUUCUGUUAAGGACAAAAACAAUAAAAGUGAUUCAGGGAACACAUGUUGUAGUGGAGAGACCUCUUCAACCUUUUGUGAAAAAACUGAACCUGUUAUGGCGCAGGAACACCAAAAAUUAAAUGGAAACAAAUUUAAUGUAACCGAAAGUGUGUCUUUAAUACUUCCAAAUAUCAAUAAUGCAAGUAAAAAUGCAAACGACAGUGACGAUAUCAUACCUAAAUUGUGUGCUGACAAGUGUUCAAGUUUAGAGGCUGCUAAUGUUGAUAUCUUUUCCUCUUUGUCUUGUAACUUAAAGAAAAGUCAUGAGGAAAUUAGAUCAGAUGACUUUGGCCAUGAUGAUAACAGAACUGAAAGAAGUGUAGAUUGCAUAAGUGUUAGUGCAAGAAAAUGUAAGGAUCUGAAGACUACAGAUGUUCUCAGCAAUGUUUGUAAUCAGUGUAAGUGCUUUUUUAAGGACCAACAGUGUAAAUGUGACCAAGAUUUCACUAUGGACUCUGAAAAUGUUCAUGAUGUAACCUCAAAAAAUGUGAAGCAUUUGAGUAGCCCAUUACAAGCAACAUCUAGUGUAGAAAGUGAUAAAUGUGUUGAAAGUCUACUAUCAAUGGGUACUGAUGUUCUGAGUGGUAGAGUGAAUAUCCCUGAAAGUGAUAGUGUGAUAUCAGGAGGCAGUGAGAGUAAUACUGAGGUAUUUGAAAAAGAACUAAGUUCUGAAAAUUGCAGUAGAAAUGCUGAGACAGUUGCUGGAUUAUCAUGUAGAACUAUUCUAGCAGAAAGUGAAAAUGGUGAUUUAUACAAUGAAAAGGGUGCUCAGAAUUCUUGUGAUAGUGUUCGAGAAACCAGUUUCUCUAAAACAAACAAAACCAGUGUUUUAACAUCAUCUCUUGUGAAUACUGAUUGUGAAAGUGUGCAAUAUUUAGAACCCAUUUCAGAUGAUGAAAACUCUCUUCUUUGUGCUCCUUCCUCUUCCUCAGGCCUUUCUUCUGUCUCAGGUUUUCAGAGCAACUCCAAUACACCCAUGUUCUCAGAUACUCCUUCAGAUGCUUCUCGGGGUACACUCAUGGUCAGGAUUUCUGAUGCAGUGGCUGCAAUAUUGUCAGAUGUAUCUGAUGAAAGUCUCCCUGCCUCUCCAUUGGCAAGUAAUUCUAAUUCGGAGGAUAAUUUAAAGCCUGUGUUACCAGGUAAAACACUAAGUGACAAAAUUAAUAGCAUUUGUGAGAACUUGGACAUUGUGUGUACAAAAAACAGCAGUACAGAUUCACUACCAAUAAAAACAUCCAACGUACUAUUAAGUCAUGUGCACUUGAAAAAUAUUGCAGACAGUAAUUUUGAUAAAGAAAGAACUUUACAAGAGUGUACUGCAGAGAAAACUAAAUCCAUUAAGGAUAUAAUUAGUGAUACUGUUCAACCUGAAUUAAGUUAUGCUGAAAUUCAGAAAGAAAAAGAUUUAGCAUUUGAUCUUCCAACAUUAUCAUCUCCAGUGGAUCCUGUAAAGGGCAUAUCUUGUGAAAAUACUUUGUCGGAAAAGAGUACGUGUGAAUGGCCUACUAGUGUUAUCCCAGAUAAAGGAGUUAAAGAACAAGGCUUUGAAAAUCAGCCACAAGAAACCUACAUAUCAACAUCGUGUGUUAGUUUGGAUUCUGUUCAUUCUACAGACAAGUUGACAAUAUCUGGUAGUCAGAGCUUGUUUGGUCAUUCUUCUAGCUCUGUACCAGGAUUGUUUAGUGAUGUUAAUACUGCUGGCCACUCCUUGUCUCCUUCAACUGUAUCAUCAGAUACACUUGUAGAUUUUAGCCUACCCUCACAGGUACCUUUAAAGGAUUUAGGCACUAAUAAUUAUAGUAACUUGUCCAAUACUGGUAAUAAUUUAUGCCAAAACCCUGUCUCAGGAUCUCAAACCAUUUCUAGUCAGACCCAAAACUGCAAUACCUUACAAAAUGAGGAGACUGCAUCAGGUCUUCUUGGAAUGCCCAGUACAAUCACAUUGAAUAAUCCUGGACAGCCACCCAAGUCUGUUAAUGAUGAUUUUCUUCAUACAAAAUGUAGCACCCACUUAGAAAACCAAUCACCCUGGAAUUCAAUGUUUAGAGAGGAAAAUUCAUCACUAGAAACUGCCUUAAAAUUUAGCUGUGUGCCACCCAUUUCUCCAGAAAAACGUAGCCACCUAUCAUUAGUGCCUGUUGUGGAUUUGGGAAAAAAUUCAUGUCCACCUGAAAAUAAUAGAAAUUUUUCUUUACCAGAUAAAAAUGUGACAAAGCCCUGCAUGAGUGUGAAAGAUUCAGUUGAUGUUGUAGAUGAUCUUUUACAAGCAAAAUCGGGAAUAUUACAGCUUGUUAGUGAAAUUUCUCAUUCUGCUGUAGUGGAAAGUGAGGCAUUUGUUAAACCUUCAGCUGAAGGUAUUCAAUUUCCUUCCUCUGUGAAGGAAGAGACUUCUGAGGUACUUCAUGAGUCCUCAGUGAAGAAAACUGAUGAUAGUUAUUCCUCAGAAAAGAGUAGCUCUCAGAUUGGUUUUCUAGAAAAGUCUCCUCAAGAACCUAUAACAGCAUUAUUAAUGUCUACCGCUUCUCACAGUUCUGUGACAUCAAAUUGCAUAACAAGAGGAAAUUGUAUGGAAGAUCAGACUGAGAAUAGCCCAAAUUCUGAGGUAUCAUUACAAAAGACAGCUCUUUCAUCUGACUGUAAGAGAAGUCUUUCACCUACUGAAAGAAUGGUUACUAACAAUCAUAUCAAGACUAGACCUUUUAAUAAAGAUAGUUUUGUAAUCUGCUCUUCAAACAUUCAUGGAAUAACUUCUGUACCUCACAGAGGAACUAGUUCUACAGAGUCUGCUGAUGGUGACAUUUCUUUAUUACGGCUUACAGAAGACAUGUCUUCUUCGAUAAAGGAUGAUUUAGAUGAAAAAAGAAAAUCUUCUGAAGAUUUGUAUUGCAAUAAAGAAAGUACCUUAAAUGCUUUUGCCCUCACAGUUGCAGAACUGUUGCCAGAAUCACUCAAGAAGAGUGAAUCAUCAUUUGAAACAGAAAAGAAUUCUCCCAAAAUAAAACUGAGCUUUGAUAAAAGUACUGUAUCCACAGAAAUGGUUGCAAAUAGAUCUAAUUAUUCUGCUAAGCCUUCUUCCAAGGAGGAGGAGGAGGAGGAGGAGGUGAUGGUGGUUUCAAAAGUGCCUAUCACAGAUGUGAAGAGUUCCUUAUUUACUUUAAAUACCACACACAAUUCAGUUGUGUCCCAUCUUUUUUCCACAAUAGUUCCCAUAGCUAAACAAGAAUCCAUAGAUAAAGUUAGUUAUGGAAGUCCCUCUGAAGUAGAAUGGAACACUAAUUCACCCUGUCCUCAUAUUUUCACUACCUCAGACAAAGUCUCUUCCCAAGAAGAGUCUACCUCUGCAAAUGUCCUUGGCUCAUUCAGGAAUACCUCGGAAUACAGUCGUCCAAAAAAUAAAUGUCAUCCAUCAGGUGGAAUAAGUAGGAACCUUACACAUUCUUCAUGUGCAAGUAGUAAUUUGUACACAGAUUCAGUUAUUAAGAGCACAUUGCCAGAAAAUGAAUGUCACAUUGUAAGUGAAAUUGAUCAUUGCCUUGCCAGUAUUGUUAAGAAAGUUUCUGAGAUCCGUCCACCUUGUGAGAAUAUUGAAGACACUUGCCUGCCAGCUAAGGGACAAGUGAACAAGCAGGAAGUUCCUCCAGCUACAUCUUCAGAGCAACUUUUGUCUCUAGUUGGUAUUAAAAAUAAUAGAUUGUUGGUAGUUCAUGACAGACCUGAAUUAAGUUCCCCACAAGUUGCUGUUAAAAGUAGCCACUCACUACCUGAGGUCACAGAAACAAUACACAUGUCAGCUGCAGUUUCUGAUUUCUACCAUACAAGAAAAAGUGAUGUUGAAUUUGAUCAACCUGCAUUUACAUCUACAAGGAACAUUUGCUUGCCAUCUGUGGUUCCUGAUGACACUUGUGAUCUAGCUCAUGUUUUUGGAGGGAUGCAGGUACCAACUUCGGUUACUGCACCAAGACAUUCAGCACCUACAAGUGCUGAAACUAGUGAUCCCCAUGUGGUUGUUGAUACUGGAGCCAAGCUUUUGUCAGGAACUGUUAAUGAUGCUGCUCAAUCCCUUGUUGCUACUGGAGCUGCUUAUUUAAAACAUGCAGCUAAUGCCAACCUCAAAUGUAUUACAGGAGGUCUCUUACCAGACGCUUCUGAAAUUAACCACCCAUCAGUUGACACCACUGAAGUCACCCACCCAUCAUCUGAGACUACUAGUGUUAGUCAUUCACUAAUUGAGGGAACUAAAGUCAGCAGUUUACCAGCCGAGGUCAGCCCUCCAACAGUGGAGGCUGCUGAAGUUGCCCAUCCAUCAGCUGAAGUGGCCAGUUCAUCAGCCAAGGUUACAGAGGUUGUCCAGCUAUCAGCGAAGGCCACUAAGAAUGCCCAUUCGUCAGCCAAGGCUACUGAGGUCGUCCAUCCAUCAGCUAAGGCCAAGGCCACAAAAGUCAGCCAUAUUCCAGGGAAAAACACCAAAGUGGGUGACCCAUUAAGCAAAGUCAGUAAAACAAGUCACUCAUUUGCUGAAGCUGUUGUACUUAGCAAUCCCUCGUGUGACAAUAUUGAAGUUGUCACCCUGUCAUCUGAAGUCGCAGCAGUUAACAACACGUCCACUGAAGCCGCUAAAGUCAAUCAGCCAUUGGUCAAUUAUCCAUCAACUUAUGAUUUUGUUAACUUUAACCUGUCAUCUGAAAGUUCUGAAAUCGAUCGCUCACCAUUUGCUAACAUCACAGAAACUGGUUGCUCAUCACUUGAAACCACAGACUCUUUACAGACUGCUUCUGAGAUUAAUAAUCAUUCAGAAGUCAAUAAAGCAAGCACACUAUUAACUACCAUUGUUGAAAUUGAAAAACUGCCAAAUCAUGUAUAUUCUGAGAAUGGUGGAGAUCUGGUUACACAAACACUAAAUGUGAUGUAUCCAGUGACCAGAGCUACCACUAGAGGGACUCUUCCUCAAUUCAGUAUCACAAAUGAAGGUAGACCUCCACCAGCAGAUGCUGUGCUCUGUGCCAAAUCACACAUCACCUCUCCAGAAGCUGAUGAUCAAGCAGAUUCAGAAGCAGCCAGACAAAAUAUCACUCAUUGUGGCAAUAAUGACAAAGUAUCUCUCAUACAUUCAGGGGCCGAGGUUGCACUAAGCCUUGUUCAUUCAGAGGAUGAUGACAAACAAGAUGCUGUCUAUCCAGAUGCUGAUAUCAGGCCAGGUCUUGCACAUUCAGAAACUAAUGGCAGAUUAAAUAUAACAUGUCCAGAGGCUGACACCAAAUUGAACCUCUCACAUCCAAAUAAUGUAAGACCAGCAACUGUUUCCACUCCAGAAAUUGACCAUCCAGCUUUUGAUUCCGAAGUUGAAGUUAAACAUACGACAGAUGUAGUCACGGCUGCAGUAGAACAGACCUUAUGUGAAUCCACUGAAGUCAGACCUGUUACAGUUGAAAUGACUGCUGAUGGUCAGCAUACAACAUCUAAAACCACUGCUGGUGUCAGUUGUCGGCUUAAAAGAAGUGCUGAAAUCAAUCAUUUACGAGUUGAGGCCAUAAGUGAAGUCUGCCACAAAAAAAAGGAAGCCAGUACCAAAGCCUGCUUCUCAGUGUUUGAUAAAGUUGAACACCCACAAGUUGAUAAAAUCACUAAUGUCAGCCACUUAACAAAUGACAAAAUCACUGCCAAAGUGAGUGAGUCAGCAAUCAAAAGUGUCACUGCUGAAGUUAGCCACUCAGAACAUUGUGAUAUCACUGAAGUAAGUGACUCUACAGUUGAUGAAAUCACUGCUGAAAGUAGCCACAAGUUGUUUGAGGCUGUUGCUGAAUUUAAUCAUCCAUCACCUGAAGCUAGAAUAGAAGUUAGCAAAUCAUCCCUAAAGCCCACUUUAGAUUGUCGGUCGAAAUUGGUGUCACCAUUAGUUUCUACUGGCGUCAUGGAAGGAAGUUCACAGAUGGAACCAUUCAUAGAUGAUGGUAGACUAUGGUUAGGGUUUAAGAGCAAAACAGUAACUUCAUUGGGAGAAGUUACUCAAAGACUUGAAAACCCAUUUUGUCAAGAUGCCUGUAAUUUUGAUGAAAAUGAAUGUGGUGGACAUAAUGACUGUUUAUCUGCUAGAAUUCUCAGCAGCGUACUCGGUGCAACCAAAAGUGACUUCGUGGAAUGUACUGUAAUAGGUGGAACUAGUACUUACAAUGACAGAGAUGAUAGUGGAGAUCCACCAAGAAUACAUCUUUCUAACUCUCAAACAAAUAACCCCACAAGUCAAGAAGCUUCAUCUUUAAAUGAGAAUCUUGAUAUUGGGAGUAAUGAUGAAGAUAAAUUAUUAUUGGAAUUAGCACCAGUGAAGGAGGAGGUACAACAAUCAGCUGAGGACUUAUUUGAUGGAGUAUUGUCAAAUGUCGAGGAAGUUUGGCUUGCUACCACUGACACUUCUAGUAGUGUUAGUGACUGUUUACCUUUCAUGACUGAUGCUCACAUUAGAGAAGAGCAAGUACCCAGUAAUAUGCUAGAAGGUACAACUUCAGAGAGAGACGAUAAGGCUCAGGAAUUAGAUGCUAUAGAAGCUGAAUGUCCAUUGUGUUUUUUGAGAUUAAAUGUACCAUUAGAUAAUCACCUUACAAAAUGUCAUGUAUGCAAUACUUUUGUACCAGCUAAGGCAACUUAUGCAUAUCAAUACCAUAUGCUGAAAAGAGUCAAAGAUGUUAUGGAAAUACCCGAGCCCGUGGAGAUUGAAUCCAGUGCAUACGUUUGUCGGUUGUGCCACUUUGCCUCACGAGAUAUUGAUGCUGUGAGAUUUCAUUUGAAUACUCAUGAAGCUGUGUAUCAAGUAAGAGUAGGUGAUGUAACUUGUGAAUGUAAUCAAAAAAAAUAUUCGUACCCCUUCCAUAAGUGGAAGACGUUAAUUCACAAUAGCAGUUACUAUUGUUUUAAGUGUAAUUAUUACUUUGCUUGUGAAAAGGGAUUCUCAAACCACCUAAAAGCAAUACAUUUUAUAAAAAAUUGUUGCAAGAUCUGCAAAGCUCAAGUGCCAGAAGAAAGUAUAAUCUCUCAUGCCACUUGUCAUAAAGAUGACAGAACUUCUUUAAUCAGUGAAACUGUAAAUCAACAGAGUGCAUCUGUUGUCACUCGAUCAUCUGGAGGGAAUUUUGGUAUAUCAUGGAAUAUAUAUGAUAACUACAUCAAUUUCUUAGAUGGAAAAUUUUUUCAUCUAAGCACUCUUUCUAAAGUGUCUGAUCCAAAUCUUGACCGCAGUUAUCUGACACUUCCUUUGAAAAAUGUAAGGGAAGAAGCAGUAGUACCUGAUGAAGCACGGAUUGAUCCAGGAAAAGACAUUGCUAAAUAUAUGAAAGGUAAGAAAAGUAUUAAAAUAUCUCUUGAUGAUGAAUUCAUAAAAAACUUCAGUUUAUCUAUACAAAUGGAGCUCCAAAAGAAAAUUCUCAAAAAAGGACGGAAAGGACAUGGUAGUACUCCUCGAGCAAAACGGGAAAAUGAUCUUUUUGACAUUCUGGGUAUAUCUACUUUAAGAUCAAGAGGAACUAAAAAAAAGGAAACUUCAGAAUUGUCUGUAAAGCAGAUUCCUUUAAAGAAACCAAUAGAAAAAUUAGACCAAGAUAAUAAAAAAGAAACUGAUAACCCAGAAGUUCCUCUACUAACUCGUACAAGGUCAGGGAUGCAGUCUGGAAAAGGUGAUCAAGAGGACAAAAAUGAAAUAAAAUCUGUAUUUGCAGAACCAAGUGUUGUAGUUGAUGGAGAAUGGUCCAAGGCACACACAUACAUUUGUUGUUCUUGUGGUGCUGGCUAUUGGGAUUUAGCUGAUAUAAUGGACCAUAAAUGGGAGGUGCAUCCAUCAGUGUGGUGUGCACAUACCAUGAUACAGGGGCAAGGAGAAGUGCCACUUAGUUUUUGUAUGCAGUACCAGCCUCCCACCACUCGGCCGUACCGCCUGCCACUACCUGGUAUUCCAUUACAGCAAACCAGAUCCAGCAGAAGAAAUUCUGAUACAGAAUUGUCUGAGACAGAGAAAAUAAAUAUGAAGACCUGCUCUAGUUGCAGCAUGCAGUUCCAGGAUUUGAAUGUCUUCCAUGCCCAUUUGGUUGAAUGUGGUGGUCUUGCCCUAUUGUCUGCCAUGAAAAAGAAAAGUAAAAAGGGAUUUAGGUAAGAAUAAAUUAAAUGUAAAAGUUCUUAGUGAUGUAUAUAUAAUUGCUGUUAAUUGAUUUUCACCCAUGACUUUUUUUUCAAUAGGUAUUAGGCCAGGCUUUCCCAGUCAGUCUAUUUUUAACCAAUUUGCAGUACU